GACGUGAAGAUAACCAAGCCGGUGACGCUGUGGAUGAACCAAGGCAUGGAGAAGUCCUUCGACAUGGAGGUGGACGACACCGCCGCCAUCCGCCUGGACGUGUCCAUGCAGCCGCCGUUCCUGCCCCUUGAGGUGGUGGUGCGGAAGAAGCGGGCCUCCGGCAAGCUCGAGGCGCCCAUCGCCACCGCGGAGUGGACGGAGAGCCGGCUGCUGCUGCUGCAGAGCGAGCUGCCCAGGGGCACGUACACCGUCGAGUUCCGGCAGCCGCGCAGGUACCAGGACUG